UUUCCUUACCAUUUCUGAAAUACGGGCAUGGUAAGGUUAUUUAAGAAAAAAAUGAGGAACUCAAAUUAUUUUUUGAAGUUUGGACGGAGGCAAGAACGACACAAUAUUUGGAAAAGGCUUGCAAUAGUAUUUUCAUGGAGAGAAGAAGGUUCAGGCGCCCGGCGACUACUGCUUUCACUUCUUUUCCUCACAGUCUGGAAGACUGGGAGCGGCCACGUUCACUACUCAGUGCUGGAGGAGGCCAAACACGGCACCUUCGUGGGCCGCAUCGCCCAGGACCUGGGGCUGGAGCUGGCGGAGCUGGUGCCUCGCCUUUUCCGACUGGAGUCCAAAGGCCACGGGGACCUUCUGGAGGUAAAUCUGCAGAAUGGCAUUUUGUUUGUGAAUUCUCGGAUCGACCGCGAGGAGCUGUGUGGGAGGACUCUGGAGUGCAGCAUCCACCUGGAGGUGAUCGUGGACAGGCCGCUGCAGGUUUUCCAUGUGGAGGUGGAGGUGAAGGACAUUAACGACAACCAGCCGGUUUUUCCAAUGGCAGUAAAAAAAUUAUUUCUUUUUGAAUCCCGGCCGCCUGGUUCCCGGAUUCCACUAGAGGGCGCAUCAGAUGCAGAUAUUGGAGCGAAUUCUCUGUUGACCUACAGUCUUAACUCUAACGAUUAUUUUACCUUGGAUAUUAAAAGAAAUGAUGAGAAUAUUAAAUCCCUUGGACUCGUGUUGAAAAAAGUUUUAAAUCGUGAGGACACUCCUGAACAUCACUUACUAAUAACGGCAGUUGACGGUGGGAAACCAGAGCUCACUGGCACUACUCAAGUGAAGAUCACCAUUCUAGAUGUUAACGACAACGCCCCAGAAUUCGAGAGGACUGUCUACAAAGUCAGUUUAUUCGAAAAUGCACCAAACGGUACCUUAGCAGUGAUUGUUAAUGCCUCUGAUUUGGAUGAAGGAGUAAAUAAGGACGUCGUAUAUUCUUUCAAUACAGACACGUCAGCAGAUACUCUUUCGAAAUUCUACUUAGACCCAGUGAAUGGAUACAUCAAUGUAAAGGGUAAUAUAGAUUUUGAGGAAACUAAGUUAUAUGAAAUCCAGGUAGAAGCGACAGAUAAAGGAACCCCCCCAAUGUCAGGUCACUGCACGGUUCUGGUGGAAAUUGUGGACACCAAUGAUAAUGUACCUGAGUUGGUUAUCAAAUCACUAUCAUUACCUGUAUUAGAAGAUGCUCCCCUCGGCACGGUCGUCGCCCUAAUCAGCGUGUCCGACCGUGACUCUGGCGCCAACGGGCAGGUGACCUGCUCACUCACACCCCAAGUCCCCUUCAAGCUGGUGUCCACCUUCAAGAAUUACUAUUCGCUGGUGCUGGACAGCGCCCUGGACAGAGAGAGCGUGGCGAACUACGCUCUGGUAGUGACCGCACGCGACGGAGGCUCGCCUUCGCUGUCGGCCACGGCCAGCGUGUCCGUGGAGGUGGCCGACGUGAACGACAACGCGCCGGCAUUCGCGCAGCCCGAGUACACGGUGUUCGUGAAGGAGAACAACCCGCCCGGCUGCCACAUCUUCACGGUGUCGGCGCGGGACGCGGACGCGCAGGAGAACGCGCUGGUGUCCUACUCGCUGGUGGAGCGGCGCGUGGGCGAGCGCGCGCUGUCGAGCUACGUGUCGGUGCACGCGGAGAGCGGCAAGGUGUACGCGCUGCAGCCGCUGGACCACGAGGAGCUGGAGCUGCUGCAGUUCCAAGUGAGCGCGCGCGACGCGGGCGUGCCUCCCCUGGGCAGCAACGUGACGCUGCAGGUGUUCGUGCUGGACGAGAACGACAACGCGCCCGCGCUGCUGCCGCUGCCCCUGCCCCUGCCCCUGCCCGGGGCGCGCGGCGGGGGCGGCGCGCUGAGCGAGCCGGUGUCGCGGGCGGUGGGCGCGGGCCACGUGGUGGCCAAGGUGCGCGCGGUGGACGCGGACUCGGGCUACAACGCGUGGCUGUCGUACGAGCUGCAGCCGGCGGCGGGGGGCGCGCGCAGCCCGUUCCGCGUGGCGCUGUACACGGGCGAGAUCAGCACGACGCGCGCCCUGGACGAGGCGGACGCGCCGCGCCAGCGCCUGCUGGUGCUGGUGAAGGACCACGGCGAGCCGGCGCUGACGGCCACGGCCACUGUGCUGCUGUCGCUGGUGGAGAGCGGCCAGGCGCCCAGGCCGUCGUCGCGGGUGUUGGCGGGCGGCGCGGGCGCGGGCGCGGGCGCGGGCGCGGCGCUGGUGGACGUCAACGUGUACCUGAUCGUCGCCAUCUGCGCGGUGUCCAGCCUGUUGGUGCUCACGCUGCUGCUGUCCACGGCGCUGCGGUGCUCGGCGCCGCCCAGCGAGGGCGCGUGCGGGCCGGGGAAGCCCACGCUGGUGUGCUCCAGCGCGGUGGGGAGCUGGUCGUACUCGCAGCAGAGGCGGCAGAGGUGUGCUCUGGGGAGGGCCCGCCCAAGGCCGACCUCAUGGCCUUCAGCCCCAGCCUUCCACCCGGUCCCAUUGGCGGAGACAGAGAACAGCUGAAUGUGGAGGUUGAUCUUUCUCCUAAACCACGACAGCCCAACCCUGACUGGCGUUACUCUGCCUCCCUACGAGCAGGAAUGCACAGCUCUGUGCACCUAGAGGAGGCUGGCAUUCUACGGGCUGGUCCAGGAGGGCCUGAUCAGCA